UGGAACAAUACAAGAUACAAGCACCACGCUGUCAAAUAACAUCCCAUAGAACCACAGUACUUCAAAUACAAUGAAUAGGAGUUUAAGUUUUAUUAUUAUUAUUAUUAUUAUUGGGGCCACCGACGUUUUAAGUUUAGUUUAAUCAUUAUUAUUUUCUAAAUUUUUUUUAUAUUUGUUAAUCUUUAAACAUAGGAUUGAUUGAAUCAUUGACUAUUGACCUUACGUUAGGGAACUCACCUUUCCCCAACUUUUAUCGGUUACAGAAGUCACUUGCUCCUUUAAACGAAGCAGAGACUUGAGGGCUCUACGCUAUUGCCAUGUGAGACAUGCGUCGAUUCCUGCGCCUCGGAUUCCCAGACUAUGCCACCCACCGUGCCACACCUUGUCCAUAUUAACAUCCUAUUCCAUUCCCGAUCCUCCAAUCUUCUCUGCUUCUCUCCUUCCUCUAACCCGUAAGCCAUCAUAAUUAUUACCUUUGUCUAUUCUCUCUGUAAUUUCCUAUUCUUUCAGAUUCAUUGGCUCUUAUCUUUUACCUGCUUCCCUGAUUUGGGCUUGUAGUUCUGAGCUCAUGAUACUUCUUCAACUACUUUUAAUCGGAUUUCUGUCCCAUACAUGAGGAGGGUUUAACUUUUUAUCUUUUACCUGCAAGUUCACGCUAGAAACUUCAAUCAGUGCUUGUCAGAAGAACUGAGUAGUUUCUCACCCACUUCAGCAGAGUUCAAUCAGAACAGUGAAACUUAAAUGUGCCAACUAUGCUUAUUUUAAGCCCUACACCACAUUCGCCCAUAUCUCAAUUACUCAUUGUUGCGCCACACAAUCACUUUCUAGGACCUUAGUAGUGAUUGGUGAACGUGGAUGGUUUAUUUGUGCAGGAUGUUAAGCUCGAAGAAAUUCCUUACCAAAAAGCUAUGGGUUGUACUUGCUCUGCAUAUGCCCGUGGAAGGAAGAAAUCUUCAUUGAGCAUCCCUGAAGUGGCGGUCUUUGUUCCAUCGAUCAGAAUUCCAGUACAAUCUGAUCUUCAAAGGGCUCUUGGAGGGAUAAUUCCACGCGAACUCGCUGAUAAACUGUCUUCACUUCGAAAUCAGAUAGUCUUAGUAGCGGAGGAUACUGGUGGUUCAGCAAUAGCAGAACUGCGGCGGACUUUGAAUGAAUACUUGGCUGUUCUGAUUGGGCUUACUAAGAGAGAGAGCAGUCUUGAGGGACUGAUCGAGUUCAAGUGGAAAAACUUUGCAGAGGGGCGACAAGAUAGCUGUAUAGCGAAUGCUUGGUUUGAGGUGAUAUCUGCGGUUCAUCUUAUGGCAAUGCUAACACUGUCUGAGGCAGACUCCUUGAUGAUCCCCAAGGACCAUUCAAGUUCUGGAAUAAGGGCUGUAUCUUCAGAGAAUAAGAGGGAAGCAGUUGAUUUGUUACUUAAGGCAUCAGGUUACCUGGAGUUCUGUGUCAAGAAUGUUCUCUCUCAUAUGCCAGACGAGGUCAAGAUGGCUCUACCCCAUGACUUGCAGGAUGGUGUGUUGGAAGCUAUCUCUAUCCAAGCACUAGGACAGGGAACUGAAAUUCAGCUUGGUCUUGCUGUUGAGGAUCAGAAGGCAACUUUGUCUGUGAAGAGGAGGCUGGCAUGUGAACAAGUAACCUACUUCAGUCAGGCCUAUCACUGCUUGUUGAGAUGUGACUUCAACCAAGGGUAUCGGAAGAAGCAUAUCCAGUUCAUAAAAUGGAAAUUCCUGGAAGCCAAGGCUGCAGCCUACUACUACCAUGGUCUGAUCCUUGACAAGGGCAAUGAACCAACAAGUUACAUUGGUGCUGUAUCUUGCUUUCUUGCUGCAGACGAGCUUCUAGCUGAGAGCAAGAAGGCCUGCUUAAGCUUUUGUCUUGCAACUCCGGUGACCAGGGCUCCUCCCCUCUGGGGUGUUAUGAAGCGUUUGCAUAAGAAAAUUCCUGAAGUUGCAGCAAGCAAGUCUCAGACGUAUGUGCACCUCUUGGAACAAGAAAAGAGUCUCCAAGCAUUGCCUGAGUUACCUGAAUUCCAAUUGUCAUUAAGUCCGGAUGAUUAUCAGCUGCCUGAAAUGGAUCCAGCAUGGAUCCAGCACCUUCAAGAUGGUGAAGAUGAGAUCCCAACCGACUGAUGCACUUACGAAGCCUUCGUUCUCUCUAUUUGUAGUUGAACUGAAUGACUGCCUACUUGACUGUCAAACUCCUAUGCGUUAAAAAGCUUGCCUCAGAUAGUGUAUCAGUACUUCAUGACUUUAAGUACUAUAUCUUAAGUCAAUCACGAAACUUUUCAAUUUCCUUCAGAAUUUGUUGUGUCAAACUCCUAUGCGUUAAAAAGCUUGCCUCAGAGUAGUAUAUCAGUACUUCAUGACUUCAAGGAUCGUAUCUUAAGUCAAUCACAAAACUUUCAAUGUUCUUUCAGAAUUUGUUGGGUCAAAACCGCGCCAAAGAAUUGAUUCA